CCUCUCUAGGAUGAAUCAACUGGAGAAAUUACGUUUUACAUGAAGGGAGCGGAUGUUGUCAUGGCUGGCAUCGUGCAGUACAACGACUGGCUGGAGGAAGAGUGUGGCAACAUGGCCCGAGAAGGGCUACGGGUGCUCGUGGUGGCGAAGAAGUCUCUAGCAGAGGAGCAGUAUCAAGACUUUGAAGCCCGCUAUGUCCAGGCCAAGCUGAGUGUGCACGACCGCUCCCUCAAAGUGGCCACUGUGAUCGAGAGCCUGGAGAUGGAGAUGGAGCUGCUGUGCCUGACGGGCGUGGAGGACCAGCUGCAGGCUGACGUGCGGCCCACCCUGGAGACCCUGCGCAAUGCUGGCAUCAAGGUUUGGAUGCUGACAGGGGACAAGCUGGAGACGGCAACAUGCACAGCAAAGAAUGCACAUCUGGUGACCAGAAACCAAGAUAUCCACAUUUUUCGACUGGUGACCAACCGCGGGGAGGCCCACCUCGAGCUGAACGCCUUCCGCCGGAAGCAUGACUGCGCCCUGGUCAUCUCCGGAGACUCCCUGGAGGUUUGCCUCAAGUACUACGAGUACGAGUUCAUGGAGCUGGCCUGCCAGUGCCCGGCCGUGGUCUGCUGCCGCUGUGCCCCGACCCAGAAGGCCCAGAUCGUGCGCCUGCUCCAGGAACGCACCGGGAAGCUCACCUGUGCAGUGGGUGAUGGAGGCAAUGAUGUCAGUAUGAUUCAGGAGUCCGAUUGUGGCGUGGGGGUGGAAGGAAAGGAAGGAAAACAGGCUUCGCUGGCUGCGGACUUCUCCAUCACUCAAUUUAAGCAUCUUGGCCGGUUACUCAUGGUGCAUGGCCGGAACAGCUAUAAGCGAUCAGCUGCCCUCAGCCAGUUUGUGAUCCACAGGAGCCUCUGUAUCAGUACCAUGCAGGCUGUCUUUUCCUCCGUGUUUUACUUUGCCUCCGUUCCUCUCUAUCAAGGAUUCCUCAUCAUCGGGUACUCCACAAUUUACACCAUGUUUCCUGUAUUUUCUCUGGUCCUGGACAAAGAUGUUAAGUCGGAAGUUGCAAUGCUGUAUCCCGAGCUCUAUAAGGAUCUCCUCAAGGGCCGACCGUUGUCCUAUAAGACAUUCUUAAUAUGGGUUUUGAUUAGCAUCUAUCAAGGGAGCACCAUCAUGUAUGGGGCGCUGCUGCUGUUCGAGUCGGAGUUCGUGCACAUCGUGGCCAUCUCCUUCACAUCAUUGAUCCUCACCGAGCUGCUGAUGGUGGCACUGACCAUCCAGACCUGGCACUGGCUCAUGACGGUGGCUGAGUUGCUCAGCCUGGCCUGCUACAUCGCCUCCCUGGUGUUCCUACAUGAAUUCAUUGAUGUGUACUUCAUCGCCACCUUGUCGUUCUUGUGGAAAGUCUCCGUCAUCACUCUGGUCAGCUGCCUCCCCCUCUACGUCCUCAAAUACUUGCGAAGAAGGUUCUCUCCCCCCAGCUACUCGAAGCUCACGUCCUAGGCUUUGCGCUUGGUGGAGGGGACCCUGGUCUCUGCACUUUCCUGAUGGACAGAGUUCAAGUUCCAUUCAUAUUAACCACCUCCCGUGGAUUUUGCAGUAGUUGCUAACACGUGCAGUUUUGAUGUGACAAGGCUCUGCACGCACACGGAGUCCUAACGCUGAAUAAACAGGAGGGAGGUUCCUAAAAGGCACCCACGCAGGCCUGUUUCAACCCCUGGUAAUUCAUAUUUGAGUGGAUGUGAAUAUGUUAAAACUGGUGGCUCAGCUGAGAGAUUUAUGUGGGUCACUGUGCAAGCUU